UCUGUGUGUGUGUGUCUCUGUGUGUGUCUGUGUGUGUGUGUGUCAGAGAGAGAACUAGAGUGCGUGUGGCUCAGGUCGCAGAGGGGAGUGUGUCUGCGCAAGCGUUUAAGCACCAUGGACAGCAACCGGGAGCCAGUCUCGUUAACAACCAACCAGCGGGAAGUUUAGAGCAGCCCGCUCUCCUCUCAGUGUUGACCGGAGGAGCUCCCGUUUUCAGCGACAGAGACGACUCACUUUUGGAUUUGGAAAUAAUGAUCUAGUCUUUGUUCAUGCAGGUUAGUGUCUGAUAAAAAAAAAAAUAGCUAAAUAAAAAAAAUUGAAAAUCUACUCGACAUCAUUCCCUGAUCUCCUGCCCAGAUCUUUCCUCAGCACCGGGAUAUGGACUAACAUCCGGCCACCCGCCACCCGCCACCCGCCACACGCCAAGGACCGACAGGCGGACUCCGGCUCGGGUUGCUAGUUGGCACAAAAACAUGACAUUUUUUGAAACGGGAUGAAACAGGGAGGUACCUGAACUUAUCCAUUUCAGUUCAUCUUUAUUUAAUCAGAGUAGUGACUGUUUUCCGGGGAGUAGCUUAAGAAACGCUAGUUUUCAUUUCUCAAAACGUUUUGCUGCCGACCCUGCUGACUGAGGCCAACCUAGGAAGACAGACCGGCUGGCCUCCAGGAGGAUGCCCGGGCAGGAUGUGCUCCAGCCGGAAGAUCCUGUGGAGCCUGCUGCUGCUGUCAGUGUUGGAGGUGGGUCUGGGGGUGACCAGUAUCGUCCUGGGAGCCGUGGGGCUCAGCCGGGUCGGGCAGGAACACAAGCUGCAGCAAGGAGACGCUUCUCCCGUCUGGAGCGGCAUGUGUUUUCUAAUCUGUGGGAUGUGUGGAGUGCUCUGUUCCAAGAAGAGGACUGGACUCAUCAUGAUUCUGUUCUCAGCUUGCUGUAUCUGUGGUCUGAUUGGAGGGAUUCUCAACUUCCAGUUCGUUAGGGCGUUGUCACGACGACCAGACUCUCUUCGUUCCCUACACCUAGCAGCCAUGACUAUUGCCUGCCUGGGUAUCUCUUCCUGUACUCUCUCAACCUGGUUAACCUGUCGUCUGGCCAAUUCAGAACAACAGAGGAUGUUUCUGGAGAGAGAACACUCAUUACACCACUCACACGAGAUGGCUGAGAAGGAUUCAUACACACACGGAUCUUUCGAGAUCCUUGACAACUCCAGCAAUGGGAUUCCCCAGAUCUCCUACAAUGCUAACACCACAUCUCCUUAACAAUGGACACACCUUGUUGCCCUGACAACUGGCACAUCUUGUAACCCUGACAAUGGACACAACUUGUUGCUCUGAUGAUGGACACACCUUGUUGCUCUGAUGAUGGACACACCUUGUUGCCCUGAUGAUGGACACACCUUGUUGCUCUGAUGAUGGACACACCUUGUUGCUCUGAUGAUGGACACACCUUGUUGCCCUGAUGAUGGACACACCUUAUUGCCCUGAUGAUGGACACACCUUGUUGCUCUGAUGAUGGACACACCUUGUUGCCCUGAUGAUGGACACACCUUGUUGCUCUGAUGAUGGACACACCUUGUUGCCCUGAUGAUGGACACACCUUGUUGCUCUGAUGAUGGACACACCUUGUUGCUCUGAUGAUGGACACACCUUGUUGCUCUGAUAAUGGACACACCUUGGUGCCCUGAUGAUGGACACACCUUAUUGCCCUGAUGAUGGACACACCUUGUUGCCCUGAUGAUGGACACACCUUGUUGCCCUGAUGAUGGACACACCUUGUUGCCCUGAUGAUGGACACACCUUAUUGCCCUGAUGAUGGACACACCUUAUUGCCCUGAUGAUGGACACACCUUGUUGCCCUGAUGAUGGACACACCUUGUUGCCCUGAUGAUGGACACACCUUGUUGCCCUGAUGAUGGACACACCUUAUUGCCCUGAUGAUGGACACACCUUAUUGCCCUGAUGAUGGACACACCUUGUUGCCCUGACAACGGAGUGACAUCGUGUGACAGAGCUGAGCAGCAUUAUUACACAGCUGUGUGUAGAGAACUUCAACAUAGAUGGAAGAAGUUUCCCAAAAUAAAACAACAAUGAAUGCUAUUCUUGGACAAGUUGUUACGAGUUCUGAUAGUCCCAAUACACAGUCACAUGACAUAUGCCCUCGCAGACAGGAGGGACAGACAGCCAACCAGACACUUCAAACUAAUGAUCACAAAACACGCAUGCAAUUUAUUUUAAAUAUCUCUCUCCCUCUCUCCUUCCUCUCUCUCUUACAUUCUUCUCUCUCUCUCUCUCUCUCUCUCUCUCUCCCAUUCUUCUCUCUCCCCCUGGUUCUGGCUAUAUGAAUGUAGGUGUAUGGUGUAUGAAGGAACAGUGUUUUAGCGAUCUCAUGCAGAGCAGAAUAUGGAAUUCUUUAAAUUAUCAGACAUACAACCAACGAUGCACACUGUAGAGCUGCUGUGGGUAACCAUCCUCCUGUAGAGCUGCUGUGGGUAACCGUCCUCCUGUAGAGCUGCUGUGGGUAACCCUCCUCCUGUAGAGCUGCUGUGGGUAACCCUCCUCCUGUAGAGCUGUUGUGCGUAACCAUCCUCCUGUAGAGCUGCUGUGGGUAACCCUCCUCCUGUAGAGCUGAUGGGUAACCGUCCUCCUGUAGAGCUGCUGUGGGUAACCGUCCUCCUGUAGAGCUGCUGUGGGUAACCCUCCUCCUGUAGAGCUGCUGUGGGUAACCGUCCUCCUGUAGAGCUGCUGUGGGUAACCGUCCUCCUGUAGAGCUGCUGUGGGUAACCCUCCUCCUGUAGAGCUGAUGGGUAACCGUCCUCCUGUAGAGCUGCUGUGGGUAACCGUCCUCCUGUAGAGCUGCUGUGGGUAACCCUCCUCCUGUAGAGCUGCUGUGGGUAACCGUCCUCCUGUAGAGCUGCUGUGGGUAACCCUCCUCCUGGAGAGCUGCUUUUCUCCAGCAGUGCUCUAACCAGAUCCCGAAGCAGAAGCCUACACACCCAGUAACUCUCCAGGAGGCAGGUUAGCCUCCACCCCUGCUGUAUAUUCAUGCUUGUACUGUGUAUCAGGAACACAAUCAUUAUGGAGUUACAAUAUUUUUCUAUAGGCUUCUUAUAACAUUUAAAUAAAACUAUGGAAACGCUA